AUGAAUGGUAUUAAAAAUGAUCAAAUAUCUCUGAGUUAGAAAAGCCAGUAAUAGCAUCAAGGACAGUCUUAGCAUAUUUUUUCUGAGAGGAUCCCUGUAUUUUUAGAGAAUCUGCCUUAUUAUGGACUAAUGCCAAUGGUCUUCUUUAUGCCUAAUAUAUCUGAUGAUGAUAAGAAGUUCAUUGAGUUGAAUGGAGGUCUUAUGUCUUUGAUUGUUGAGUGCUUCACAUUUUAAAUAGGUAGAGAGCCUAUAAAGGAAUCUAUUUAUCAUGCAGGUCCAAUUUAUGACAUCAAUUGGUUGAGGAACUCCGAGAGAGCUGGGAAGUUGAUUAAUCCUGAGCCAUAUCUUCUGAAGAUUAUAGACUAUCAAUGUCCAGAUGAGCACUAUUAGCAUCAUUCAAAUGGACAGUAAUCUAAUCAAGGGAGCAAGAAACAGCAGGGGCAGAGAACUAGGUUCACAAUUCGAGAAUUGAUCAAGAUAUUCGAGGUCACUCAUUAGAACCCUUGCAAAAAGAACAAAAAUUAAGUCUACUGGCAAAGAUUCAUCAGAAAAGGCUGUUUUCCCGGCAGAAGUGUAAAUUCUGUAAAUGCUCAGUGGCAGAGGUUUUGUCACUACGGGUCUGUUAAGGAAGCUAUAGAAAAGGCUAUUUAGAUUGGAAUGCCAUACUCAACGAUGUACCCAACUGCAACUUUUGACUUAAACUCAAAGAUGUACAUUCUUAGCUCAACAAUCAUCAAGGCAGAGAUUGAUGUCUUCUCCAAUAAUCAAAAUAAUAAAAAUUAAAGUAAAGCAAAAAAGUAGCUCAACCAAUCGUCUACAAUAAACUCAUCUGCAUUGUCAUACACUCAAAGUAAUGGAUUCAAGAUUGAUUCUGUUCCUAAUGUAAAUCCAGGUAGGGAAAAAUAUCUCAACCCAGAUGAAGGCAGAAAGCAGGGAAAGCUUCUCAGUAAAAGAUUGCUAAAUUAAAGUAAUUGCAUAAAGGAUGAAGAGUUUAAUCCAAGCUCAAUGAUAAAAGGUUAUUAUGACAAGCCGUAUAAUGAGUCUUUUGUAAGAUCACCACCUAGGUCUGUUGAGUCCUAUAAAGAUCAGGAAGAUAGAGAUAACUACUCAUUUGACUCUAAUAAAAGUGACGACAUAAUUUAAAUUAAAAGGGAGUCUAGAGGAUCAAAAAUUUCAUUGCAAAAGUAAAGUGGAUGUGAUGAUAUUGAUCAUUACUAGGAGAGAAAGUCUCAUCAUUAAAGCCAUUAUUACGAUCUUAGAAACCAGCAUCAAAAGUUUCCUUAGUAAAUGAAUAUAAGUUCCAAGAGAGCAAACUUGCUCUAGCCAUAGCCAAGGAUAAGUUAUCAUUCUCAAAAUUCCUCAGAGAUCAAAGUUAAACCAAUCUUCACAGCUAACACUGAUACCAGAGCUUCUUAGAAACAUAUUAUACCUGGAAAUGCUUUUAACCCCCAUAUGUUUAAAGAUGGUGAAAUGGAUAUUUAAAGGAAUAGCAAUUUUUAGAACUAUGUUGAGAACAUUCAAGCCUGCAAUCUAGCCCCUCUUGGCAAUAUCAGAGACUCACUCAAUUAAAGUUCAUUUAAUAGUAACUCAUUUCAAAACAUGUCGGAGUGCAUAUUUUGCAUAGCUAAGAGAAUAUAUGUUCAAACUAACAGUGACAAAGUGACUAACAUACCUCUUUUUGAAAGAUUUUUCAAAUUAGAUGAAGAAGCUCAUAAUCUACGACUAAAGCAAUUGGAUAACUUUAUGAUAUUCAGUGAUAUGAAAACCAGGGGAUUAGUCAAUUAGAGUGAUUAGAAAAGAAAAUAGGAGCAGUCGAAGCUCAGACAAAUAGAGUAGGUCCUGGAGGGAUAUGGUUUUGAUCAAUAAAAUGAGGAGGGGUCAGAGCAGAUUAUCAAUGAUAACAAUGAAGGCUCCUACUCUGACUAUCUUGUAAAUAACAAUUGCAAUAAUCAUUAUGAUUAAGAAUAAGCCAUUAACUUUUGA